AUGGGAAACUGCAUCUCUGCAGUAAAAAGGAGAAAACAACCAAAUAAGGCAAUAACGCUGGCUAUAGUUGGCUUGGACAAUGCGGGAAAGACAACUCUGUGCCAUGUUCUCACUGGAGAACCACUGGACCCAGACCCUGCGCCAACAGUUGGCUUUCGAAAUGUCAGAUUUUCUCACUCCCAUUUCGAUGUCACAGCAUUUGAUCUGGGUGGGGGAGAAGGCAUACGUCCCAUCUGGAAGACGUAUUUUGGAGAAGUGUUUGCUUUGAUAUACGUCAUAGAUUCCAGCACCCCAUCUCGCCUUUCGGAAGCAAGUGAUAUGUUCAUGGAUACUUUAAAACAUCCACAGGUGUCUGGCAAGCCUGUACUAAUAGUAGCAAACAAAGUUGACAAAGAGGAGCACAUGAAGGAAGCUGAUAUUGUCAGUGGCCUCAAUCUAAAGAACACAAUAAUUGUCACAAGUUGUCCUUCAAAACUGGUAAUGGCUUCUGCCCUGAAGGGUGUUGGUACUAAAAUGGAUAGAGAGAUCCAAAGAGGAGUUGACUGGUUGUUUGAUAAAAUACAGGAGUCUUUAAGUGCCUUGGAGCCAAGGAUUGAAGCUGAUAUGAAAGCUGCAAAAGAGGCAAGAGAGAAGGAGAGAGAAGAAAGAAAGGCUCGAGUUAAAAUGCAACGUGAAGAGAGAGAAAAAGCUGAGGAAAUGGAGAGAACCCAACUUGGAAUUAGUAAAAAACCAGACAGUGAUGAUGAAGAUAUAAUUAUAGGUGAUCCAUUUAAGGCUCUGGAUAUUGAGAAACUAAAAGAAAAGGAACUCAAGCUGAAAGAAGAGAAACUGCAAAAGCAAGAGAAAAUUAAUAACUUGGCAAAUAAAGAGAAAGGAAACAAACACAGUGACAGUGCAGAAGUUAAGGACAGUAAUAGGGACAGUUUAAAAACCAUGAAUAUAAGUGAAAAUGUGAACCUAGGGAUGUCAGGGGACCGUACUCUUCACCUAGAAGAUGUAGAUGCGUCCACUGUUUUUGGGCGUAGUCCUCGGGCAUCUGCAUUGCCUCCUUUGGAGCCAAUUGAAUUUCGCAGCGAGAGCAACUUACCUGAGAAUUCUAAGACCAAACGUAGAAAAAAGAAAAAACUGACAGCCUAUCAUCUUCAGCCUCAUAAUAUACAGUCUCAGGCUAACGAAGUAAAUGAAUCAAAAAGUGCUCCUGAAUUGACCUCUCGUGCUGUUGAUUUAUCUGGCAGUCAAACACAUUUUAAUGGCCAGAUUUCUAUGAAUGACAAGCCAAAGAAAUUGAAAACUGUUGCUGCUGGAAAAAUUAAUCAAAAUGAAGAGGAAAAUAAUCUUUAUAAAAGCCCUAAAUUUGAAAGUUUAAAACACAUGAGUAAUGGUGAUGGGCACACAUUUUCUAAAAGAAAAAUGAGCAGUGACAUGCAUUCAACCUUUGAUGCAGUUUCACAAGAAAGUGUAGAUUUUGACUCACACCAGCCACAGAAGACAAAUAAUCAAAACAGCAAGCAUACAGGCAAAAAUGGUGAAGACAUAGUUGAUAAAACAAGUGAAUUAGGUAGUGCUACAUCAGCUGAAAAUAUUCAGAGGCCUAAUAAGGAAAAGCUGAGAAAAUCUGAAAGAGGUACAGAGAAGAUGAAGAAUUCACUGUCAAACCUGCUGAGUGAUGAGGAAAAUAACAGUUAUGCAUCUGAUAGUCUUCUGAAGGAAACUCUGCGCUCUCCGCUGAGCCCGACAUAUGUUGAAAGUUUGAGGGAUUCCAGCAUCGAAAUGAGUAACCUGCAGAUGUCAAGAAGUGUUGGCAGUUUUAAUCAAAGGAUAGCUCAGGGGGGUGUUGAAAAUGGUGGAUUCACAGGGCAGAUGAGUGAGAAAAACAAAAAUGACAAUGAUGAUGUUAGUGAGCUUGGCAAAUCUGCAAGUUCUUCACUGCAUUCACCAGAAAGAGGAGAAGAGAAGUCAAAUCCCCGUCGGAAGAAAAAACGCAACUUCUUGCGAUCAAACAGAGUUGCUCCUUCAGAUGAUGAAAACACAAAACCUGGACCUGAAGAGGUAAACCUGUCCUCCCACGUUGUUCAGGAGCAUGGGUCAAUGAGUUUACCAGACACCAGCACACCAGUGAAGAACAGAAACACCAUGGUUACAUCACAUUAUACCAAUUUUGUCCAUGAACCAGAUUUUAACAGCAACUGGGGCCUAGCCGAGGAUUUGCCAGCUGUGGACAAUGAUGCUUUGCGGGUGCCUAAUUUUGACAGUAACGAUGAUGAUAUUAUAACAUAG